AUGUUCUCAACUCAACAUAAUCUGACGAAAUUCGGUGAGAAGAUGUGGGUUGCAAAGCAGAGGUCUGAUCAUCUUCAAAUCUCCACGAGAUCUGGAGAGAAUGAGGAUGUAACCUCGCUCUACCUGAGACGAAGGAACAAGGAAGUGACGCCCUGGACAGGGAUUCGUCAAACCCCUCAAAGCCGACGCCAAAACAAGGAGUCAAGGCACGUGGAGGAUUUCGCAAAGUUCGAGUAUGAGGUCUCAUUCCCCACGAUUGAACACGAGGAGGCGGAAGAGUAUUCAGCCCGCGAAAGUAUGCAUCAAAGCAAACACAGGGCAGUCUUCAAUAUGAUCCCUUCCAAUGCCGGGUAA